AAGUCCAAUUUCAAAUAUGCUUUUUGCUUUGUCAAUAAGGAGAAAGAUAUACAUGCAUGUUGAUUGGACAUUCCGUCUUGCUGUGUGACUGAGAAAGAGAGGGUAAAAAUAGAAUAGAACUAAAGCAUUUUCACGCUUUCUUUUUUUUUGUUAUAUUUUAUAUAUACGCGCCAUGUUGACUGAUGAUGAGUUAGAUUUUGAUGAUUUUGGAGAUUUGGGUGAAGUUGAAGGAACCGAAUUAACGACAGAAGAACUAGAGAAACAACUCGAGCUUGAAUUUGAUACUGGGGAAAAAGAGCAAGUACCAGAAAAAAGCGAGACUAAAGAACACGAAAAAAAGCAAGGAGAAGAGUCAAAUGAUGGACUUGAACCAGGCGAACAAGUAUCUUCUAACGAAACUUUUGAAAAGAAGUCAAGUCCUAAACCUUAUCAACAAAAACAACCUCAUUAUCAACAAAAACCCUUCUAUAAUAAUCGAUACAACAAUUUCUAUCCACCAAAUCAAUAUAAAUUUAUACCAGACGCCAUGGCAUUGAAUCAAAUGUAUGCACAAUUUCCUCCUUUUUCAAACCGUAUCUAUGUCAAUCCUAAAUUCAAUCAAGGAACACCACAGCAAAUGAUGCAUCGCCAAAUGAUGGAAAUGGAAGCACAGCGUAUGCUCAUGAUGCAACAACAGUCUAGUAUAGACUUGGACAAGAAGCGUCAAGAAACAGCCGAAAUGAUGCGUAAAAGAAGAGAAGCCAAAGAGAAACAGCCAGGAGAAAAGCGUUCUCGCGCUGAAUCUGAUGAAGAUCGAGCGACAAAACGUCAACAGAUUCCCAAGCCAUCUCCUGCUGGAGGUAUUUCUAUCAAAGGUGUUGCUGCUGCUCGUGGUAUUCGAUCUUCAUCCCCGCCACCACCACCACCACCACCUAGAAAUGUGCCUUAUACACCACCACUUAAACAACAACAUGCCACUAAACCAAGUAUCAUGAGUAGACUAAGUCAGCCUGAUAAACCAUCCAGUGUUCCUAUUGCAACACAGGGUAAAUCAAGUACAUUGGUGAUUAAAGGAUUUGAUAGUUCUGUAACAAAACAAGAUAUUAUCAACCUGACAAAGAAUGUGCCAGGUGAAUUAAAAGACAUUCAAUUCAAUGGUGAAUCCAAAGAAGCCAUUAUUACUUUUUCAACAGUAGAAGCUGCUGUUACAUUUAGAAGAAAGUACAAUAGAUCUCAAAUAGGCCAACAACAUAUCACAGUUGUCUUUCAAAAAUAAAUUUUUAUUCUUUCUUUCUUUCUUAUCAUGUCUGUCUUUAUUCGCACUACAGAAGAUUUGAAAGCUUUUCUCGAAAAAAUUCAACAAACUGACUCUUGUAUUCAAAGCGUGACCAUAUCUGAUGUUCAACUGAGUGUUGAACAAGUCUUGUCUAUUCACAAGUUAUUG